AUUGUCAAAGCCAACAACCGGGACCUCUCCUACAUCAUCCUUGUAUCCCUCCAGCUUUGCUUCCUGUCUCCUUUACUCUUCAUUGGUCAACCAAGGAAAGUCACCUGCCUUCUCCGACAAACAGUGUUCAGCAUUGUCUUCUCAGUAGCCGUGUCUUCUGUGUUGGCCAAAACGAUCACAGUGGUGCUGGCUUUCCUUGCCACGAAACCAGGAAAUCGAGUAAAGAGAUGGUUGGGGAAGAGCUUGGCCAACUCCAUCAUCCUUUCUUGUUCCUCUAUCCAAAUUAUCAUCUGCUCCAUCUGGCUGGGAGUUUCUCCCCCAUUCCCUGACUCUGACCUCCACUCCCAGCCAGGAGUGAUCAUCCUUCAAUGCAACGAAGGUUCUGUCACCAUGUUUUAUAUUGUCCUGGGCUACAUGGGUUUCCUAGCUCCCAUCUGCUUCACAGUAGCUUUCCUGGCCAGAAACCUUCCUGGGGCCUUCAAUGAAGCCAAGCUGAUCACCUUCAGCAUGUUGGUCUUUUGCAGUGUCUGGAUCUCCUUCAUGCCCACCUAUCUGAGCACCAAAGGAAAGUCCAUGGUGAUUGUGCAGAUCUUCUCCAUCUUGACUUCCAGUGUUGGACUGCUGGGCUGCAUCUUCUUUCCCAAGUGCUACAUCAUCCUCCUGAGACCUCAUCUAAACACUAAGGAACAUCUAAUAGUAAAAGUAGGGAACUGA